AUGUUCUCCACGGCCACUUCAUACAAGAACCAGCAUUACUCGGAGCUGAAGAAGGAAUGUCUGGAGGACAAGAAACUGUUUGAGGAUCCAGAGUUUCCAGUUACCAACGCAUCCCUGUUUUACAGGAAACCACCUCCUGGUAUCGUGGAGUGGAAGAGACCAAGGGAAAUCAGCGACGAGCCUCAUCUGUUUGUGGAGGGCAUCAGCUCCCAUGACCUGAACCAGGGCCGUCUGGGUAACUGCUGGUUUGUGGCGGCGUGCUCCUGCUUGGCACUGAAACCAGACCUCUGGCAGAAGGUCAUCCCUGACUGGAAGGAGCAGGAGUGGGACUCUAAGCACCCGGAGAACUAUGCUGGCAUCUUCCACUUCCAGUUCUGGGUGUUUGGGGAGUGGGUGGAUGUGGUGGUGGAUGACCGCCUGCCCACCAUCAACAGAGAGCUCAUCUACUGCCACUCCAAACUCAACAACGAGUUCUGGAGUGCCCUGCUUGAAAAAGCCUAUGCCAAGCUCUCUGGCUGCUAUGAGUCGCUGGACAGGGGCAACACUGGUGAUGCGGUUGUUGAUUUCAGUGGAGCCGUGACAGAAGCCAUUAACCUGGAGGCUGAAGUUUUCCACAAAGACCAGGAGAAAAUAGACAACCUGUUUGAGGACUUGCUCAAAGUCUACGACAGGGGUGGAAUCAUCAGCUGCUCCAUCAAGGCGUCUCCUUCUGAAAUCGAGGCUUGGAUGGCGUGCGGGCUAGUGAAGGGCCAUGCCUACUCAGUGACUGCAGUGAAGAAGGUACGGUUGGGCCACGGUCUGAUGGCCUACUUCCAGAACAAGACCAUCCCCCUGAUCCGCAUGAGAAACCCCUGGGGAAAGACUGAGUGGAACGGAGCCUGGAGUGACAGCUCAGCAGAAUGGGAAAGGGUUGGCAGCAUGGAGAGGGAUAAGCUUGGCAUCACAGUAGAAAACGAUGGGGAGUUCUGGAUGGCGUUUCCAGACUGGUGUAAGUACUUCACGGAUGCAGACGUGUGUCAUCUCAUCAACACUUCUCUGCUCACCAUCCACAAGACAUGGCACGAAGUGGUGCAUUUCGGGAGUUGGACCAAGCAUUCAGAGCCUCUGCACAACCGCUGUGGCGGCUGCAUGAACUACAAACAGACCUUCCUACAGAACCCCCAGUACCUGUUUGACAUGACCAAGGAGGUGGACGAGGUUCUGAUCUCCCUACAGCAGAGAGACAUGAAGAUCCACAGACGUAUCGGCCAAGGAGAGAACCUCACCCUUGGCUUCACCGUCUUCAAGGUGGAACUGAACAGAAAGUACCGCAUGCAUAACAUCAUCACCCAGAUGAACGUGCAAACGUCGAAGUACAUCAACGCCCGCACGGUGUUCACGAGGGUCACGCUCCCCAAGGGUCGCUACAUCAUCAUCCCCUCCACCUUAAAACCGGAGAUUCUGGGAGAGUUCAUGCUGCGUGUUUACACUGAUGUAGACUCAGGAUGCAGAGAGCUAACAGAACACAAACCCAGGAUGAGGUGUUGGAGUGCAUUCACUGGCUACCCCCAUGCUGUGUCCCAGAUCUACAUCCACGGAGCAGAGGGGCUGGAGAACCAGGACAGCACAGGGGGUGCAGAUCCAUAUGUGAUCGUGUCCUGUGAGGGCCACUCAGUCCGGUCAACAGUUAAGGCAGACACCCUGGACCCGGUGUUUGAGACCAGAGCCAUCUUCUACAGAAAGAAGCCCAGGAAGCCAAUCACUGUGGAGGUGUGGAAUAGUAACGCUGUGAAGGACCAGUUCCUGGGCCAGGUGGUUCUGACAGGCUCAUUAAAAGACUCGACCAAACCCCAGAGGCUCCAGCUAAGGAAAAGAGGCAGAGCCAUGGCCGACGAGAUGCCUGGCUCCAUCACCCUCCGCAUCGUCACCUGCACCGAGCUCACAGAGAUGUGA